AUGGCGGAACGAAAACCAUCUCAACAAGCCAUCAAGGGCGAGGCCAGGCCCAAGGAUGAUGUGGACCUUGCUACCAUCCUCGACGAAACUCAACGUGCAGAUCUCACCCUUCUUGUCGCCAACAUUACCGAGUCAAUGCGGAAACAGAUACUGGACAAUUUUGAUUCGCAGGCCGGACUGGACAAGUCCUUGCUGCGCGAAGGCAUGACCGAAGAUCAGAAGAUGAUGGUGGCUGACCCAGCCAAUGCCGACGUCUCGGCCUACGACAGAGAACGCAAACUCAAAGAAGAAAGUGAGAAGGAUCUGGCCACCUUGAAGAUGAAAACCAUCAAGAAGCAUGUUUUGAAAGCAUACGAUGAAUGGCGCGAGCAAGUCAUCCUACGGGUCGGGCAGGUCGUCAACAGUGAGCGAACCGCCAAAGAACAAGUCCAGAAGAACGCUGGCAAGGCCGACAUGGCAAGACCCCAGGCGACCGACACAACAGGCAAGGUCAUGGAUGCCCCGACAAAGACGGCGGCACUGAAAUUCAAGGAUCUGUUCCCACCGACUAAAACGCCAUUGACCAAGCUGCCCAUGGACAAGCGGACACUAAUACUCCAUUCAGUGCUCUUGCUCUUGCUAUCUUUGCAACAUUACAAUGCAUAUUCCCGUGUGCUCAUGUUGAAUCUGACGUCGUCUCUGAAACUCCCUCUAAAGACUUUUGAACAGGAUGAGUAUACUACGGCAAAGGGUCUUCUAGAGGCAGCCAAGGAGAUGACGGCGGAUGAAGAGAGGCGAAAAAAGGCAGACGAGAACAAGGAGUCAAGAAAGUGGAAGGUUGGCUUGGCCACUGCUGCUGGUGCCGCCAUUAUCGGCGUCACGGGUGGCCUCGCCGCGCCUCUUGUUGCCGCAGGGGUCGGCUCUGUCAUGGGAGGUCUUGGACUUGGUGCCACCACUGCUGCUGCCUACCUUGGCACUGUGGCUGGAAGCAGUGUCGUCGUUGGCGGGUUGUUCGGUGCUUACGGAGGGCGAAUGACCGGGCAAAUGAUGGAUAAUUAUGCACGUGAAGUCGAAGACUUCCAGUUCCUUCCUGUCCAUGGCAGCAGCAACAAGAAGACCAGUGAAGAUGACAACCAGGGCCCCAAGCAGGCCAGCGAGCAUGACCACAAACUUCGCGUCACCGUUGGAAUUUCAGGCUGGUUGACUGAAAAGGAAGAAGUUGUCAAACCAUGGCGGGUACUGGGCACUGGCGCCGAGGUGUUUGCUCUGAAGUACGAACUGGAAGCGCUGCUAAAUUUGGGCAACGCUAUGAACGGCAUGGUCCGAUCGGCGGCCUGGGGCUAUGCACAAAAGGAAAUUAUCCAGAGGACAAUUUUCGCCGAGCUGGCAGCUGCACUGUGGCCCAUUGGACUACUGAAGGUUGCUAGAGUGAUCGAUAACCCGUUCAGCGUGGCAAAGAGCCGAGCCGAGAAGGCAGGUGAAGUGUUGGCCGAUGCCUUGGUCAACCGCGCUCAGGGUGAGCGACCAGUCACCUUGAUCGGAUAUUCACUAGGUGCCAGGGUCAUUUAUACGUGUCUUAUGAACCUGGCCAAGAGGAAGGAAUUCGGCAUCGUCGAGAACGCUGUCCUGAUAGGCUCUCCCACCCCCAGUGACACCAGCGACUGGAGAGUCCUCCGUAGUGUUGUCGCUGGGAGGCUCGUCAAUGUGUUCUCUGUCAACGACUAUAUCCUGGGGUUCAUGUACCGCACAUCAGCUAUCCAGUUUGGUGUCGCCGGUCUGCAGAAAGUCGAAGGGCUCAGCGGCGUUGAGAAUUUCGAUGUGUCCGAAGAUGUCAACAGUCAUCAAAGGUAUCGAUACCUGAUCGGAGCAAUCCUCAAAAAGAUCGGCUUCGAAGAUAUCGACAUGGCUGCGGUCGAGGAGGAACAGCAGGCGCUCUUGAAGCUGGAGGAGGAUGAAAAGAAGCAAUCACUCCUGUCGCAGCGCAAAGCUUUGCAACGUCGUGAGUCGACGGGCGGAAAGCAGGACGAGGCCGCCGAAGCAGAGGCUGAAGCCGAUGAACUGGAGCAACAGGUUCAGGACCAGACACAGAAGAGCUUGGUGACAAGAGCCAUAGAGUACUUCUAUGUCCCCAGUGUUCCGAGCACUAAGGAAACAGAGAAGACUGUGGCAAAUUUGAAAGAGGCCGGACGAGACCCGGGUCAAGCAGGCAACAUCGCUGGCCAGACAGCUCAAGCCGCUCAAGACUCUACUCAGAGCUAUGCGUCAAGAUUAUACAAGAGUUUGCCUAGCAUGCCGUACGCGAAUCGGCCGACUCAAAGGACCCAAGCACGAGACACUGCUGGGCAAGCUACCAAGGCCGCGGACGGGGUUGGCGCUGAGGGUCAAGACAAGAGCAGAAACUACGUUAAGCAAGCCUCGUCAUAUUUGCAGUCGUUGCCUAGCAGCAUGCCGUCGUUUCCCAGAGGCGGCAGCAGCAGCAAUAAGGCCAAAAGCCAAACCGCAAAGUCGCCUGUGCCGCCUUCUCAGGGGCCCGCCACCACCGCUGUUGACUCUGCUAAAAGCGGAGCAAAUAGUGCUGCCGCUGCGGCCAAAGACACCGCGGGCAUUGUGUCUGACACUGUGACACCGACGGUACGAAACGCAUUAGAUCCGAAGGACAACCCGGCCGUGAAAUCGGCAACCCGCGCCGCUGACAAAACACCGAUCAUUCAUCAAGCCAAAGACCGUACACCUGCACCUGUGAAGAACACAACAGAAGAAGUUUCUGACGCCGUGGGCACAACUGCGCAAAAUGCAGGUCAGACGGUGCAAAGGGGACUUGAUACCGCAACUGGCAAGGCAGGCGAAGCAGGUCAGGCGGUGACAGGAGCAGCUGCGCAGGAUAGCAGCAAUGCAGAUCCCGGUAAGGGUGCUGGUGCCGCUCAGAGCUAUACCUUGCGAGCAGCGGCGUAUCUACCCAACCUGAACGUCAGCAUGCCGAGUCUUGGAUUCGGUGGAAGCGGCGCAGGCGCACAGGCAGGCCUAAAGGAGAACAGAGUCAAGCCUCCGAAACUCGAGAAGCGGCCGUCAGGUCCGGCUUCAGUUCUAUCUUCUUCAAGACCAGAUCUAACCAAGACACCAUCUGGCACACGGACACAAAGGACAGGAGGAGUCAAAUCUCCUCUUCCGAAACUUAACAGAGCUCCUCCAUCCCGUUCCAGUGGUACUGGUAGUGGAACAGGAGUCAAAUCACCUCCAAAGCUCGACCGUCUUCCCUCCGGCAUCAAGUCUCCGCCAGCCAAUCUCGAGCGUCUGCCAUCAGGUGUGAAACCUCCUCAACCUCCCAAACUCGACCGUCUUCCGGCUGGACCUAACAAAUCUGCAUCUGCAAUUGCAUCACCAUCACCUGGCAUUCAAACUCCACCCACGUCUGUGCCAUCACCCAGCUUGGGGGCCGGUCGAGGCGGCGGUCUUGCUUCACAGGCCCAGUCCCACGCGCAGUCGCAAGUCGACAAAUUGCGUGUCGGCUCACCGGCGUCUGCGUCUCUGCCGAAACUACCGCCGCGAAGACAGAGCUCGAAUCAGCAGCAGCAGCAGCAAAGUCGAACUGAAGGAGGAGGAAGCGGUAGUGGUGGUGGUAGAGGAGGUGGUGCCAGUGCAGCCAAUGUUCUUCCCGCAGUUCCUGGCGCAGACAUGCUCAAGCAUGCCGCCACCGACGCCGCCAGUGAGACCGUGAAGCAAGGGAGUGAUAUGCUUUCCGGGAUGGGACGGGCCGUUGGCUUCGGGCGAUGA